GAGCCAGUGCCGGCCGUUCCACCUGGAGUUUUUAGUUUCUACUCCUCGCUUUGUGAUUCCUGCCACAGAGGGACGCGCCAGCCAGCCCACAGGUUGUUUGGCCUGGGAGUUCACACCCACAUAAUUUCCCAACUAGGGGAAGAGAGACUUCGAAGUCCCCAGGACCGCCCGCGGGGGGCUUGGGAACCAGGCCGGCGCGCUCUUCCCCGCCGAGAUUGGCUGGCGCGGGCGGGCGUACGUCACAUAGGGACGUUCCAGCGCGCUUGCAACCUAACUGCGCGUUUUUAAAAGCCAUCCGUGGAAAAGGUUGAAAAGUAUUCUCCCUCCCACAAAGGCUAGUGCGGGGGGAGGGAGCACGAAAUCCUUACUGUGGAUCCACGAAACUGCAUGGACCCUGGAAGUGAGCACGCUUUUGCGACUUAAAAAGUUCGGUGCAUUGUUUUCAGGUGAAAAUGAGUUAAGUGCUUUUAGAAAGUUAAAUUUUGUCAUACAACUGAAAAGAAUUUAAAAACAAAACCUUAGCGUUUGGGCCAGUAACUCCAGGGACACUUCUUUUAAGACCCAUCGUAAAACAGCUUUAGAGUGUCUCUGGAAUAUCUCUCGAAACAUUUCAAUAAAUAUUUUAAAAAUCUAACAAAUCUAGUAAGGACAGAAUGAAAGAAAAAGUAAGCCUAACUUAAAAAUAUGUAUAAAUUAAUUGGCAGAUUGUGCCAUAUGCACAAAAUUGUAAAGGUGUAAUUGGAAGCUCUGGGUUCACAAACAAAAAAAAAUUGAAGAAAUAAGGCCCCUGCGUUUUUUGCAUUUGGAAAAUAAAACAAGGAGUGUUCAGAUCCCCUUCACCACAACACAGGCAGCAUUUAUGUGUUUGGAAAACGGAGAAGAUGCCAACAAUGGAAAUUACUCACAGGAUGUGCUAACUCAGCCAGUUGACACCAGCAUUUCUUCCUUCAGACAAUUUGAACCCAUUCUCAAAUUUCAUGGGACAGAAGCAUUUAAUGAUGAAAUGAUAACAUUUCAAAAUCUGACAGGUGGCUUACCUUACACAGAAAAGACAGAAUUGCAAAGUCAUGUGUAUAAUUAUGCAAAAGACAACAAUAUAAAGGAAGAUUCAUUUAAGGAAGAAAAUCCAGAGAGAAAUAGCACUUCCACAAACAAAGACUGACUUGCUUAUGAAUGUGUCAGGCAGCCUCCUAGAAGCCCGCCUCUAAUCUGCUGCAGUGGAGACACACUGUAAUUCACAGAAAUGUCACUGGCUAAAAAUACUGCCAAGGAAUCUGUCCUCAACUCUAGUGAACCUCAUAGCUGCCUGUGUAAGGAAUGUGUACACAAUGAUGUUGAAAAACCAUUUUAUGAAGACAAAAAUUUUAACAUGCUCGAUCUGAGAGCUAAUUAUGAAACAAAGGAGAUUACAGUUUCUUCAAAAGGAAUACAGAAUUCUGUGGAGAUGUCAAGCAGUCAUCAAAUGGAAGUCACAGUAGAGGGCGUGGAGAGUUCAGGCAUUGCCUCAGCUUGUUUUUCUGAAGACAUUCCUUCGAGUGGUAGAGCAUCUCAGGAGGACUGCAAGACACCUGACACAGAGCAAAGCUUGGAAAGCUUACAACCUCCGGAAGAGAAUAUGGCUUUAAAUGAAGUCUUAUGGAAAUUAAAACGUGCUAACAAAAUGCAGCAAACUCUGAUCCAAAACCUGCAGUGCAGUAACAUGUAUUUAAAGAAGAAGGUUGAAGAACUACAGAUGAAGCCUACCAGACCGCAAGUGUUCAUUGACAUCCUAAAUAAGCUAAAGGAGACUGCCGAAUCAUUAAUUGAAGACAAAUACAGAGUAAUUCUAGAGAAGAGUGAUGCUGACAAGACACUGCAGAAUUUGCAUGACACUUUAACUAACACCCAAAAACAUCUUCAGAAAUCUAGGAAUGAAAAGGAGACUUUACAAGUAGAGCUUAAGAGGAUCAAGAGCAAUUAUGUUUGUUUACAGGAAGGGUUCAUAACUGAAAUGCAAGAAAAAAAUACAGCUGUCAGUCAGUGCAUAGAGAUGGGCAAAGCCUUGAGCAAGAAAGAAGAAGAGGUAGAGAAGCUGCAGCAACUCCAAAGAGAACUGGAAAAAGCCAACACUUCUGCUUUGAACUUGUUGAAAAGGGAAAAACAAGCCCAAGAACAAGAGUUCCGGUCUUUACAGGAAGAAUUUCAGAAACGUGAAAAUGAAAACAUGGAGGAAAGACAGAAACUGAAAUCUAGACUUGAGCAAUUGGUAGCGCAAGUUGAAAAUUUGCAAUUCAUAUCUGAAAGUGAAAGAGCUAAAAAUACAAAACUUCAGCAGCAGAUCAACGAAGUAAAGAAUGAAAAUGCAAAACUUCAGCAGCAGGUUGCAAGGAGUGAGGAGCAAAAUUAUGUCCCUAAAUUUGAGAUAGCUCAGUUAAAGGAGCACUUAGAGGAAGUAAUGGAGUCAGCUGUCACAAAGGAUGCAAAGAUGAUACAUUCUAACUUGUUCCUGAAUUGCUCACCUUGUGAAGAAGAGAGCCUGACUCCCCCGAAUGUGAAAAGAAAUUCUCAGCUGGCCUCCAACAUCCACAAUCUGCUGGCUCUGAGGGUAGGACUUCUCACGUGCCAGGGUACCAACAAUCCUGAUGCUGAACAUUUCAAAGAGAGUGAGAAAGUGAGUGAUGCAAUGCUUCAAAAGUUGAAGAGCUUCUAUCGUAAAAGGAAAAAUUUAGAUGAAGAGCUACUGAAACAUAAAGGCAGAAUCACAAUGUUUAAAGAGUUAAUUGCUAAUGAAAAAGCAUUUCAAGAUCAGGUUAUUGAGGUUACAGACUUGGAUUCAAAUGAAGUAAAAAAUGUCAGAGAUGUACUACUCUUAUUGGGAGCCAAACUGGAUAAGUACCAUAGUCUAAAUGAAAAGCUUGAUUUCUUGAUUGCAAAAUUGGGAAAUCUUCUAGAGUCAAAAGAAGACCACUGCAACAGACUCAUUGAAGAAAAUGACAAGUAUCAAAACCAUUUAGGCAACUUAAUAAAUAAGGUUAUAGCAUAUGAAGAAAUUAUCAAAUGUGCUGACCAAAGGCUCGAGAUAUCGCACUCCCAGAUUGCACAUUUAGAAGAGAGAAAUAAAUAUUUGGAUGGUUUAAUUAGGAAGCCCAGAGAAAGAGCCAGAAAACCAAGAUCAGGAAGAUUAGAAAAUCAUCCAAAGUCCAUGACUGUGGUAGGUCAUACUGAUUAUUAUUAUAAGGAAUAUUAUGUUUUCCUGUAA